GAGGACACGGCGGCGGAUCAGGUUUCAGUAUGUCCGGAGGAGGAGGCGGAGGAGGACACGGCGGCGGAGCAGGUUUCAGUAUGUCCGGAGGAGGCGGGGGAGGAGGACACGGCGGCGGAGCAGGUUUCAGCAUGUCCGGAGGAGGAGGCGUAGGAGGAGGACACGGUGGUGGUGCCAGUUGGAGCUGGUCUUCUUCAGGAGGAAGCAUCUUUGAAGGCCUUGCCGAGGGAGCGUCAAUAUCGCUGAGUCGGUUCUUCCAGUUCGGAUGGUUCUCAGCGUCUUCCGAACUGGACGAGCAGCACGGCGCCGGGUACGCAGUGAUCGGCAAGACAUACGAGGACGGUACGGCUGCCUACUGGGCUCCUGCUACAGACGACGUGAACCAGUACCUGCAGAUCGAUCUGGGAGGAGUCUUUCAGAUCUUUUCGGUGACGAUCCAGGGUGCAGCCGGGCGCUGGGUCCAGACGUACCACCUGCAGUACAGCACUGAUGGUUCCACCUGGACAACCUACCAGGACGACGGCGGUCAAGACAUAGUUUGCGAAGGAAACAGUGACGACACUGGGACCCAGGUUACGACGCUGCUGACGACUCUGUCUGGUCGCUACUUCCGCAUUGUUCCCUUGACUUGGGGUGGAGCGGGCAUCGCCCUCCGGAUAGACAUCAAUGCUGUCGGUGGUGGCGGUAGUUUUGAAGGAGGUGCAACUGGAGUUAGUGUCAGCAUGUCCGGUGGUGCAGCCGGUGCUGUAGGGGGUCUCAUCGGAGGCGUCGCGGAGGGAGCAUCGGUGUCGCUGAGUCAGUACUUCCAGUUCGGAUGGUUCUCAGCGUCUUCCGAACUGGACGAGCAGCACGGCGCCGGGUACGCAGUGAUCGGCAAGACAUACGAGGACGGUACGGCCGCCUACUGGGCUCCUGCUACAGACGACGUGGACCAGUACCUGCAGAUUGACCUGCAGCGGGUGUACCAACUGCACUCGUUGACCCUCCAGGGUGCAGCCGGGCGCUGGAUUUUGACGUACUACCUGCGGUACAGCAUCGAGGGCACCACCUGGCUGACCUACUCGGACGACGAAGGACACGACAUAGUAUGUGAGGGUAACAGUGAUGACAGUGGGACUCAGGUGUUAACACUGCAAUCCGUCAUCAUGGCCCGCUUUAUCCGGAUCGCCCCCUUAACCUGGGGCGACGCCGGCAUCGCCGCUAGGGUGGACAUCGAUGCCGUCAGUGGUGGGGACAUAGCUGCAGCUGGAGAAGCGGCUGUUGAGAGUAUUGGAGAAGUGGCGGCGGCGGCAGCAGCAGGAGACACCGAGGCCGCGGAGGAACAGACCGAAGAACUGGGAGAAGAACUCGCGGCAAUGGAAGCAUUUGCAGAGGAUACUGGAAUCGAAGGGGCCGAACUUGAGGAUGCCCAGGCAGCUGCCCAGGAGGCUUACAGUGAGCUGGAAACUGCUGUUGAAACCGGCGAAAACGUCGAAGAAGCUGCCGAACACUUCGAGGAAGAAAUGGAAGAGUUGAAUACUGAGAUAGAAACAGCCCAGGAGGAAGCUAUAGGCGAGGCGGCCGCAGAGACAGCUGAAGCAGAGGCCUCCGAGACCCUUGAGGCCAUGAGUGCAGGCAUCAGCGCCGGGAACCCAGCUGCAGUAGCGCAGGCAGUGGGGGCCUUUGAAGAGGAUGUAGAGAGUCUGCUGGACAACGCAGAAGACAUUGGUCUUGAGUCCCCUGCUCUAGACGAAGCAAGAGACGCCGUUGAAGAGGCCGAGGCUGAGGUACAGGAAGCGUUAGAGUCCAACGACGUUGAGGCUGUUGUAGAAGCACAGGAGCAUUUACAGGAGGAGUUUGAAGACCUCCAACAGAACAUCGAUGAAGCAGAGGAGGCGAAAGAGCAAGAGGAGGAGACAGAGGCCGCCCAAGGAGAGAUUUCGGACACACUCGAUGAAUUGCAGGAGUUGAUCGCAGAGGGAGACACCGAGGCCGGAGAAGAGACAUUUGACCAGCUUGAGCAGGUGGUUGAUGACUUCGAAACUGCUCUACAGGACUCUGAACUGGACUCACCGGCUGUCGAUGCCGCCCUGGAGACAGCAGAGGCAGCACAGGACGCGGUCCAAGAGGCUCUUACCAGCGGAGAUGAAGAAGAAAUCGAAGAAACCAUCUCAGAACUCGAAGAGGCAAUGCACGAGGUUCAGGAAGCAGCAGAGGAGGCCCAGGAGGACGCAGAUGCUGCGGAGGCUGCAGAGACAGCUGAACAAGGUGCCUCGGAGACCCUUGAGGCCAUGAGUGAAGGCAUCAGCGCCGGGGACCCUGCUGCAGUAGCGCAGGCAGUGGAGACCUUUGAAGAGGAUGUAGAGAGCCUGCUUGAUAACGCAGAAGACAUUGGUCUUGAGUCCCCUGCUCUAGACGAAGCAAGAGAUGCCGUUGAGGAGGCCGAGGCUGAGGUACAGGAAGCGCUAGAGUCCAACGACGUUGAGGCUGUUGUAGAAGCACAGGAGCAUUUACAGGAGGAGUUUGAAGACCUCCAACAGAACAUCGAUGAAGCAGAGGAGGCACAAGAGCAAGAGGAGGAGACAGAGGCCGCCCAAGGACAGAUUUCGGACACACUCGAUGAAAUGCAGGAGUUGAUCGCAGAGGGAGACACCGAGGCCGGAGAAGAAACAUUUGACCAGCUUGAGCAGGUGGUUGAUGACUUCGAAAUUGCUCUACAAGACUCUGAACUGGACUCACCGGCUGUCGAUGCCGCCCUGGAGACAGCAGAGGCAGCACAGGACGCGGUCCAAGAGGCUCUUACCAGCGGAGAUGAAGAGGAAAUCGAAGAAACCAUCUCAGAACUCGAAGAGGCCAUGCACGAGGUUGAGGAAGCAGCAGAGGAGGCCCAGGAGGACGCAGAUGCUGCGGAGGCUGCAGAGGUUGCAGAGCAGUCGAUAAAUGAGGACCUUACUGAGAUAAGCGAGAACUUAGAAAACGCUGAAGAAGUACAGAGUGCAGCUGCAGCCAUUCUAGAAGAAGUCCAGGCAAAGGAAGACGCUGCAGCAGACACCGACAUCAAAACAGAAGAGCUUGAGGUCGCAAAGGACGCUGUGGACGACGCCGUCCAAGCGCUUGAGGAUAUUGUCGAGUCUGGUGGAAGCUCGGAUGACAGAGAAGAGGCGCUUGAGAAUCUGGAGGAACAAAUAGAUGAGUUCAACGAACAAUAUGAAGAGGAAGCUGAACAGGCUGCUCAAGAAGAAGAACAAGAGGUUGCUCAAGAGGGCGCCGAGGAUGCAUUGCAAGAUAUUAUGGAAGACCUAAGCCAAGGUGACACCGAGCAAGCCGAAGAAACGAUUGACGAGAUCACUGACAACAUAGACGACUUGGUCUCCGUGGCAGAGGACGCUGGAGCGGACACACCAGCAGUUGAGAGCGCACAGGAAGAGAUCGAGGAGAUUGCGGAAGAGUUGGAGGCAGCGCUGCAAGAAGAAGACACGGACCGGGCUGAAGAGCUGGCUGAAGAGCUGGAGACACAGGUGGAGAACUUCAAUGAAGUCGUGGAAACCGCAGUAGAGGAGCAACAAACUCAAGAAAUUGCUGAAAAUACAGAGGACGAAGUACAGGACCUGCUUUCAGAGCUUUCAUCACUGGGAGAAGGUGACGAGGAGGAUAUACAGCAGGCGGCGGAGGAGAUCCAGGCUGAGUUUGAACAAAUAGUCGCCGGUGAAGCAGGGGACAUCCUUGAAGACAGUAAUCCUGGGCUUGUGAGUCAAAUCCAGGAGACGCUCAAUAGGGUAGAACAAGCGGCUGAAUCCGGAGACACUGAGGUUAUUGAAGAAGUUGCCGAGCAGCUGGAGAGCGAACUGGAAGUGGUUGAAGAAACAGCAGCAUCUGAGGCGGUGCAGUCAGCCUUACCGGCCGCGGUUGCCCCACGACCAGUGAGACCAGGAUUUCCCGUUUUCCGACCUGGACAAAGGCCAGCGAAACCAUCCCAGCCAGGAGGCGUCAAUCUACUUAUUGGAGAUGCCAAUCAUCCAGGUUCUGCUAUUGGACAGCUUAUUUCAUCUGGAGGACUACCCGAUGGAGUCAAUCUUGUGAUUGGUCCAAACUCCGGUCAGCCAUAUUUCCCCGGAGGAACAGGAAAAGGGAAGGGCAAGCAAAUCAUCAAUAACCAGAUUACCGUUCUUGAUAAUGCUUGCGGUGGAUGUGAGGGAGAGGGAGCACCUCAGAUCAUCAACAAUCAAAUCAUCGCGUUCAAAGGUCGUAGACCAGGCCAGAUGCCAAUACCACAAAUACCACAGCAGAGACCAGCAAUUGGAAUUGUACCCGGCGGUACGGAAGAACAGGUGGAAGCGGAAUUAGAAGCGAUCCUUGAAGACUUGAUCCCUCAAGUACAAGAAGUCUCAUCAGAGGAGUCCGAGGAAUCAGAGGAGUCAGAAGAGUCAUAUGAGUCAGAGGAAGCACAGGAAGAAGCACAGGAAGAAGCUGAGGAGCUUCAAGACGAAGUUGAGGAAAGCGCGGAUGAGAUCGCGGAAGCUGUCGAAUCCGGCGACACCGAGGCAGUAGAAGAACUGGCAGAGGAAAUUGUUGAGCAAGUUGACGAGUUAGAGUCAGGCUUGGAGGACACAGGAAUCGACACUGAAGAAGUCGCUGAGUUGAAGGAAGAAAUUGAAGAAAAAAUAGAAGAGUUAGAGACUGCUGCCGAGUCUGGAACUGAAGAAGAACAACAAGAAGCUGCAGAGGAACUUGCAGAGGCUGUGGAGGAGCUGCAGGAAGCUGCGCAGGAUGCUCAAGAGGAGCAAGAGGAGGAGGAGGCAGCCGAAGAAGUUGAGGACAUCCAAGACGAAGUUGAGGAAAGCGCGGAUGAGAUCGCGGAAGCUGUCGAAUCCGGCGACACCGAGGCAGUAGAAGAACUGGCAGAGGAAAUUGUUGAGCAAGUUGACGAGUUAGAGUCAGGCUUGGAGGAGGCUGGAGUCGACACUGAAGAAGUUGCUGAGCUGAAGGAAGAAAUUGCAGAGAGAAUUGAAGAGGUUCAAACUGCUGCCGAGUCUGGAACUGAAGAAGAACAACAAGAAGCCGCAGAGGAACUUGCAGAGGUUGUGGAAGAACUACAGGAAGCUGCGCAGGACGCUCAAGAGGAGCAAGAGGAGGAGGCAGCAGCGGAGGAAGUUGAGGACAUCCAAGACGAAGUUGAAGAAAACGCGGAUGAGAUCGCGGAAGCUGUCGAAUCUGGCGACACCGAGGCAGUACAAGAACUGGUCGAAGAAAUUACAGAGGAUGUUGACGAGUUAGAGUCAGGCCUUGAGGUGGCCGGAAUUGACACUGAGGAAGUCGUUGAAAUAAAAGAAGAAAUAGUAGAGAAAAUAGAAGAGAUGGAAUCUGCUGUAGAAUCUGGAACUGAAGAGGAACAACAAGAAGCCGCACAAGAACUUCAGGAGGCUAUAGACGAACUGCAGGAAGCUGCGCAGGAGGCUCAAGAGGAGCAAGUGGAGGAGGCAGCAGCGGAGGAAGUUGAGGACAUCCAAGACGAAGUUGAAGAAAACGCGGAUGAGAUCGCGGAAGCUGUCGAAUCCGGCGACACCGAGGCAGUAGAAGAACUGGCAGAGGAAAUUGUUGAGCAAGUUGACGAGUUAGAGUCAGGCUUGGAGGAGGCCGGAGUCGACACUGAAGAAGUCGCUGAGUUGAAGGAAGAAAUUGCAGAGAGAAUUGAAGAGGUUCAAACUGCAGCUGAGUCUGGAACUGAAGAAGAACAACAAGAAGCUGCAGAGGAACUUCAGGAGGUUGUGGAGGAACUGCAGGAAGCUGCACAGGACGCUCAAGAGGAGCAAGAGGAGGAGGCAGCAGCGGAGGAAGUUGAUGACAUUCAAGAGGAAGUUGAAGAAAGCGCGGAUGAAAUCGCGGAAGCUGUCGAAUCCGGCGACACCGAGGCAGUAGAAGAACUGGCAGAGGAAAUUGUUGAGCAAGUUGACGAGUUAGAGUCAGGCUUGGAGGAGGCUGGAGUUGACACUGAGGAAGUCGCUGAGCUGAAGGAAGAAAUUGAAGAGAGAAUUGAAGAGGUCCAAACUGCUGCCGAGUCUGGAACUGAAGAAGAACAACAAGAAGCUGCAGAGGAACUUGCAGAGGUUGUUGAGGAACUGCAGGAAGCUGCGCAGGACGCUCAAGAGGAGCAAGAGGAGGAGGCAGCAGCGGAGGAAGUUGAUGACAUCCAAGACGAAGUUGAAGAAAACGCGGAUGAGAUCGCGGAAGCUGUCGAAUCCGGCGACACCGAGGCAGUAGAAGAACUGGCAGAGGAAAUUGUGGAGCAAGUUGACGAGUUAGAGUCAGGCUUGGAGGAGGCCGGAGUUGACACUGAAGAAGUCGCUGGGUUGCAGGAAGAAAUUGCAGAGAGAAUUGAAGAGGUUCAAACUGCUGCCGAGUCUGGAACUGAGGAAGAACAACAAGAAGCCGCAGAGGAACUUGCAGAGGUUGUGGAGGAACUGCAGGAAGCUGUAGAGGAUGCUCAAGAGCAGCAAGAGGAGGAAGCAGCAGCGGAAGACGUUGAGGAAAGUCAGGACGAGGUUGAUGAGACGAUGGACGAAGUUCAUGAACUUCUAGAAACCGGCACCGAAGAGGAAAUAGAAGAGGCAGCCGAAGAGCUGGUGGACACUGUGGACACGCUGAUUGAAGACAUCGAGAAUACCGAUGUUGAAUCAGAGGUCGUGGAUGAAGCAACGGAGAGACUAGAAGAUCAAGUUGAAGAGUUUGAAGAAGCCGUGGACGCAGGAGACACUGCAGCGCAAGUGGCAAUACAGGCAGAGAUACAGGAAACUGUUGAGGAAGUGAACGAAGCUGUUGCGGAGGCACAGGAAACAGGUGAGGAACCAGAAGGAGCAGCGCCAGAAGGAGCAGCGCCAGAAGGAGCAGCGCCAGAAGGAGCAGCGCCAGAAGGAGCAGCGCCAGAAGGAGCAGCGCCAGAAGGAGCAGCGCCAGAAGGAGCAGCGCCAGAAGGAGCAGCACCAGAAGGAGCAGCGCCAGAGGAACCAGAACAACCAGCACCAGAGGAACCAGAAGAGGAAGGAGAUACAGUGUCUGUAAUCGACUCUAUUCCACAACAAAGCUUCACUGCCUCUUCUACACUUGACGAGCAGCACUCGUCAUUCUAUGGCGUUAUCGGUAAGACGAACGAAGACGGUUCUCGUGCCUUCUGGGCUCCUGCCACUGACGAUGAGAACCAGUACAUGCAAAUCGACAUGGGCCAACCGACUCAGCUGUCCACUGUAGAGACUGAGGGUGCCGCCGGGCGCUUUGUGACCGCGUUCUACCUGCGUUACAGUUUGGAUGGAGUCACAUGGACAACGUACAAAGGACCAGAUGGACAGGAUAUGGUUUUCACUGGCAACACCGAUGACACUGGGACGCAGACUAUACACCUCAGCCGCACUAUUCUUGUUCGAUACCUGCGAUUUGCACCCAAAACCUGGGGGCCUGGUGGAAUCGCCUUCCGUGUCAACACCAAAAUCACCAGAGUGUCAUCGAUGACUUACCAAUAUUACAUUCUUCACAAGUUCCAGACAACUGAACAUAGAAGCUUCGUCGCAGUCGGAAAUGUACUGCCUGACUCCUCUUUCACCGCCUCCUCCAACCUGGACGAUAGCCACGGACCCACGUACGCCCGUAUCGGAAUGACCAUGCCGGACGACACGCCUGCAUUCUGGGCACCAGCAACGGACGGCACCGACCAGUACCUGCAGGUGGACAUGACAGAGACUACCACUCUGCAGGGAGUCAUGGUGCAGGGUGCCUUGACGCGCUUUGUCAAGAAGUUCACCGUCCAGUACAGCACGGAUGGAACAGAGUUUCAGCCUGUGACAGACGACAGCGGUGCAGCCUACGUAUUUACAGGCAACACGGAUGGCACUGCUCCGAGUAUCCAGCCGUUCCCCGCUGACGUCACUUGCAGAUACCUGCGCUUCUUCCCAGCCGAGUGGAGCGAGGGCGGCAUCGCCUUCCGAAUCAACAUCCUCAUCAGUCGAGCUGCUGCUGCCAGCUUCACCCUACUGCAGCAUGCAGGAUCGGUGACCAUGCAGCACGGAGCAACGUCUAUACAACAGCAAUCAUUGACGAUGGUCGGUAACCUCAUCCCGGACGCGUCUUUCUCGGCUUCCUCGGAGCUGGACGCAGGCCAUGCCGCCGUGUACGGAAACCUCGGCAAGGUGGUGGAAGACGGGACGGUUCACUUCUGGGCUCCCAGCACAGAUCAGGCUGGGGAGUUCGUGGAGGUUGACCUGACACAGCCUCUCAAGAUCAGCGGCGUUGCCACAAAGGGAGGAGGCACCCGCUGGCUGACUAAGUUCAAAAUACAGCACAGCAUGGAUGGAUCAACCUGGACAGACUAUGAACAG